UUGAAGUCCGAUUGGAAGCAAUGGCGGCGAUCGCUCGCCGUCGUCCACGCUGCAGCCUCCUCUUGCUCGGCGCUGUCGUAUUUCUGUCCGUCGGAGGCUCCGUCUAUGCAGCAACAGAGAUUGCUGCGACGUCGCAGAAUGUCGCGACGUCGUCGCUGGGAAGCGACGUUGUGCGAACCACGUCGCCGAACUCAAUGCAGAGAGCCGAAAGAGACGUUCCAGAGCCGCUCGGCUGGCUCGCCUCCUCGUUCGGAGGACUCUACGACGAUGACGAAGAUGAUUCGUCACUAGAAUCCGCGUUAAAAGCAUAUCCGUCGUCGAGCAAUGGACACACAAAUCGCCUGAAUUCCGGAGGAUCAGAUGACAUCGGAGAUUCUUGGGAUGAGAUCAGCGGCCACGUGGAUCCGCUUGUGCUGGAGGCGGGAUGGGGGGAGUACUUAGAAUGGAUCGCGGAUUUUGCGGGGGAGAAUGCGACCAUGGCGCUUCGAGCAGCCACGGGGAAAGGACCCGUGAAGCUUCUCAUGGUGAAGCAGCGGUUUGUGCCCAAGCCACAACAGAAGCAGCAGGAGGGGGGUGCCAAUCGUUUGAAAGCCUCCAACGAAGAUGAGUACAUGUUCCUGCCUUCCCUGGUUACAACCUGCUCCAUUCCCCAGGGCCAGCUGCUCUUCUCCCUUCCCCUGCGCCUCGCCUUCUCCUCCUCCCUCUGCUCCCCCUCUUCCCCCCACUCCCCUCCCUCCCCGCCCCUCCCCACGUCCCUCUCCCCCGAAGCCUCUCUUGCUGCCUGCGCCCUUUCGCACCUCCACACCCCCCUCUCGUCUUCUCCUCCUUCCUCGUUCGAAUCGUUUCCUUCUUCUUCCUCCUCCUCCCCUCUCUCCUGGGCUCCCUUCCUCCACCUGCUGAUUCACCUGAAGGCGGGCCAGCGCCGGCCACUGCCCAUGCUGCAGGAGGGGCUUGACAUGCAGCCAGAAACUCCUGAGGCAGUGGCACUGAAGCAGCAGUACGAGGGUGAGUACACCUUAUGGCAGCAAGCUACCCUCAAGAAGCAGCCGGCGUACAAGUCCCGCCGCAAGACCAAGCCAUCACAAUCCACCACAGCACCCCCUGCAGCGAACCAGACAGCGUUCCUCGAUGCUGUGGCCUCUGCUCUGGUCUCAGGCAUCCCGCUGCCCGCUGCCUCCCUGCGCAACGCUGGUCCUGCUGUCCCCUUUCGUGCCCCUGGCCCAUCUGCAGCAGCCAGCACCGCUGCCAGGCAGUGCCCGGCUGGUGCCACUGCAGCCGACUAUGCUGCUGAUCCUGGUGCUUGCCCAGGGGAGGAGAGGCAGGAAGGUGUAGAAGAGAACGGGGAAGAGGCGAGGGAUGGGGAGGGCGGGGAAGAGGGGAGGUACGAGCUGGCGUUUGUGCCGCUCCUGCACCUGCUAGGGCGGGCAGGGAGGGGAUCGGUAGCAGAUAUGGUGGUUGAAGACGGGGGUGAGAAUGGGACGGGGAACGAGAGUGGGGCGAAUGAGGAGGAUGGGGAUGUGGAUGCGGAUUCCGGUGUGGAUGCGCCCAAUGUGCAGUGGGAGGUGGCCGGGGAGUCGGUCCGUGUGUUUGCGUCACAGCGCAUUCCCAAGGACGCGCCCCUGCUGCUGCCUCUGGACGGGGGGCUCUCGGCGCACUUCAAACAGGCGCAGAGAGCGAAGCAGCAGCAGCAGCAGCAGCAGAGGCAGAAAGAAAAGCAGCAGCAGUUAAAGGCAAGCCUGCAACAGGGAGGCCAGGAAGAGCAGGAGGAGCAGGAGGAGCAGGAGAAGCAGAAGGAGCAGGGGGCGGAUUCAGAGGGACAGAACCCAGGAACCCAACAGCCAACGACCAGCGAGGGAAAGACGCCAGCAAGGCUUCCUCAGGCGUCUCUGAUCCACGCGACGCCUCUCUCCAACAGCGACGCCUUCUCCUACUUUGGCAUCGUCCCCAAGUCCCUCUUCAUGGACCGCAUCCCCCUCUUCCACUCCCCCCUCGCCAUCCUCCACGCCGUCUCCUCGCAAGUCCCAGCUGACUUCGACAUCGACGCCAUCGAAUCCCAGCUCAAGAUUGCAGAGAUCGGCGCGAAGAUUCUGCGGGCAGUGCGGGCGGUGAAGAGGAGGGUGGUCCAGGCGGUGGUGGGGGGGAGCAGGGAGGUGAGGGAGAGGAUGGGAGUGAGAGAGGAGGUGGUGGAGAAAGUGAGGGUGUGGGAGAGGAGGAGGGAGAUGAGGGAGAGGAUGGGGCUAGAGAAGACAGGGGAAGGAGGGGGUGGUGGUAAGGGGGAGGGUGGAGGUGGUGGGGAGAGAGGAGAUGAAGGAGGCGGGGAAGGGGAGGGAGAAGGGGAGGGGGGGCUGGAUGUGGCAUGGUUGGAUGGGCCGGCCCUGCAUGUGUAUUCGGGGGGCAUCAUGGAUCCUGAGAUGGUGGCAUAUCUUGCUGGCUUCAUUUACUUCUUUGCGACGGGGGAAGAACCCCACUACAGCUUCUUUGCUCGUGUGAGCAUCGCCUAUGCUUGGAACCUCGAUGGUAGAACCACCUGCACUCACAUGCCCCUUCUCUCCUCCUCCGCAUCCUACUCCUCCGCUCACUCCCCUAACCCCCUCCACAUCUCCCUCACUGAGUUUCCCCACCGCGAUCACCUUUUAGAAUCACUCACACCCGUGCUGAGAGUCAUGGCGAGCACACUGAGGGAGCUGGUGGAGGCACACUUAGCUAAGCACCAGGACUCGGUGCAGGAAGAUGCCAUGUCGCUGUACUAUGUGCCCUUCUGCCGGGUGUGGCAACGAGAGGGAGGGAAGCAACCAGAGAAGAUUGUGAGGAUCUGCGAGCCGUGGAUGAUGACGGGGCUGGAGGAGGUGGAGCACGUGAUCCAGCACCACCUCAACCACAAGCAGCUCCUCGUGGAGGCCUCUGAUUGGCUCCUGCUCUCCUGCGACCCGCGCUUCGACCUGCACCUGGGGAGGAGGGAUCAAGCGGAGAGGGACGAGAGGAGCACAUGGCAAGGGGAGGGGGAGGAGAGGGGCGAGAGAGAGGGGGGCGGGGGUGAGGAGGGAGGAGUGGGCGGAGCGGAAGGGGAGGGAGGGGAGGUGGAUGAUGGGGAGGAGAGGAAGCUGAGGGAAUUCAUAAAGUGGGUGCAGCGGAGGGGCAUCAGGGAGUAUGGCACGGAUGAAUCGCCCCUCAAGUUUCAUUUCUACGACCAUCGUGACGUCGCACCCUCCGUGGAUAACACCUCAGACCCCUCUACUGCCACCAAUGCCACUUCCAAGCCACGAGUCAGGCGCCAAAUGAGCAUGCUGGCAGGGAGGGACCUCCGGGAGGGUGAGGUGCUGCUGACCAUUCCCCAGUCACUGUGGGUCACAGCCGAGGUGGCUGCGGAGGAGAUGCCGCCCCACACAGGCCCUGUGGACAUCCACCUGGCCAUGGCAGCAUGGCUGUUGCGGGAGAAAGCGAGAGGCAGGCAGUCCGAGUGGUGGCCGUACAUUGACAUGCUGCCGCCCUACGUGCCGCUGCCAUACCGCUUCCGCAACGAGUCCCUAGAUGAGGCACAAUCGGCCUUUGUGAAGCAGCUGAUCUUUGACCAGCGGGCGAUGGCCCGGCUAGAGUACGACCAAGCCCGCCCGCCCGCCCUGGCGUUCGCCUCGUUCGACGACUACCUCUGGGCGCACUCCAUCCUGGACUCGCGGGCCUUUGGUGUCCCGGGGAAGGAGAUCAAAGGCAUGGACAUCUCGGUCGCCACAGGGGUCAGCAAGGGUGGGAGAAGCAAGGGGAGCAGGAAGGGGGACGAGGACGGCGAGGAGGCUGAGAAGGGGAGGAGGAGGAGGGACAGUGAGAGUCGCCUGCGGACGAUGGCGAGUGCACCGGACGAGCUGGUUGAAGCGAUUAAUGAGGCGGUGGGGGUGCUGAAGGAGUCAAACCGUCGGGUCGUGCGCGGCAUGCCCAUGGCUCUCAUCACUGCGGCUGAAUUGUUGGACCACCAAGUGAAUUCGUCCAUCCAGUACAACAUCACCGAAGUGUUCCAAUACACACCGAUUUUCAAUAUCUCAGCAGGCUCAGAGCUGUCGACCUCGUACGGCCCCAAGACCAACGACCAGCUGCUCUGCACCUACGGCUUCGUGCUGGACCCCAACCCCUUCGACGGCGUGCCCCUGUUCGAGAAUCUCACAGAGGCCAUAGGCGUGGUGGCAGCCUUGCUGGCCAAUGGGGGCAGGGCGAGGGAGGAGGAGGAGCGAGUGGGUGGAGGAGAGGGGGAAGUAAAGGGGAAGGGGGAGAGGGAGGGAGAGAGGGAGGUUUAUCCGGGGGAGGUGGAGCUGGUGAGGGCUCUGGAGGGGAUCUGGCUGACUGAGGAAAGACCUGCAGCAGCGGCUGCUGAAGGUGGCGGUAGCAGUAGUGGUGGUGAUGGCAGCAGUGGCAGCAUCAGCACCAGCAGCAGCGACAGUGGCAAGGAGCAUGCCAAGAGCGCAGCAGCUGCAGGGACAGCAGGCACUCCCCUCAGCAGCAUAACUGAACCCUCCCUGGGAGAAAGGUCACCCGGAGCACUCUCUAGCGCUUCAGAGACCCCUCAGAUGGGAUUUUCCAGCCAAUAUUCGCCCGCAGGGAAGUCGGGCAAGGCUCUGUACAGGGAUCUGCUGAGGGUGGCGGGGAGGGCGGUGGAGGCGGUGGUGGAGGAGGCGGAGGAUGGGAAUUACACGGAUGCGCUCAAGAUGCCGCAGUUCAAUGUGAAGCAGCGCGUGGAUGACGCCGCGUGGAGGCGCUUGGGGAGGAGAAAAGGAGGGCGUGAGAGCCGUGGGGAGGAGUCAGAGGAGGUUGAGGGGAAGAGGGGUAAGGAGAGGGAGUUGGGCGUGCAGCAAGAGGUGUCGGUGUGGGCGUAUGGAGUGGUGGAGCCCACUCUGCUGGCGUCGCUGGCGGCCACGUGGCACCUUGUGCACUACGAGCAAGAGCCCCACUACGCUGACCUGGCGCUGGGCUCUGUGCUCUACAGCUGGGACCUAUCCGGAAACAGAACCUGCCUGCACGUCCUGCCAAACUACUCCACCCUCAUGCCGGCCGUGGUCGCCGCGGCCGACACCAUUCGUCUGCUAGCGGAGUACCGACUGGCUCGGUACCCCACCUCCGUGGAAGAGGACGACGCCGUGCUUCUGAAGCUGCAGUCCUGCCAAGCCUGGGGAAGAGGCUCGGUGGUAGGUUCGGCAAAAUCAGGGGAGGAUAAGCAGGGGAGGGAGGAGGCGGAGGAGAAGCAGGGGGAGAAGCAGGGGGAGAAGCAGGGGGAGAAGCAGGGGGAGAAACAGGGGGAGAAGCAGAGGGAGAAACAGGAGGGGAAGGAGGGCAGAGAGGAGGAAGAGCACGAGGCGUUUUCUGCGUGGUGCAGAUCGAUCUUACCUGCGGUGGAGGAGAGGAUGGUGAUGGUGCGGUACCGCAUGCACAAGAAGAAGGUGCUGCGCAGCGUGGUCUCCCGCCUCACACGCACCUGCAUCGAGCCCUCUCUGGUCGCUGCUCGAGCUCCCCCGGGUGCGGCUUUCCACAGCCCAGCUAAUUCGGUGGGUUUGAGUUCUUCCGAUGCUGCAAUUCAGGAGGCUUCUCCUACGCCUGUAUCGAACAAUGAACAAAUUGAGGUUCCUGCAGAUGAGAGCUCAUAAGUGCAUCUGGAAGCAGGGUACAUGCUGGAGGGCUUCAGCGAGCGUGUGUCCUUUGUGUGGGUGGGUGUCAUGUCAUAUCUAACGAACAGUGAAAUUGAUGAAUAGAGAGAGAGAGUACACAAACAUAUACCUAAAUGUUGUACUCUCUAGAAGAUAACCCUAUACAGUCUAUACA